AUGGACGACAAACUUUCGCGCUCUCCUAUCUAUACCGGCCUGAAGGAUGCUAGCGGUAAAUCGAUUCUCGCAUUCGGCAAGACGUUCGUCAACGUCCCGAUCGAUGGAUCACUCAUUCCUUUCGAGGCAACGCUCUGUGAUGUGAUUCGACCAAUAUUGGGCCGGGAUUUCUUUGAGGGACCUGGAAGAAAUUUGCUUUUGGAUAUCGGAGGAUCUAAGAUAGUAAAGAAACCGAACAACUCUUACCCCGGAUUUUCGGUAAAUUUUAAAGAUUCGAAAAUCGUUUGCUCACUGGUUGUGCCGACGCUCAACCCCUAUGCCACUUCGUUCUGCCCUUCUGCUGCUUUAUCGACAUGUAAACUCCAAGCUCGACAGCUCGUGGAUAACUUCAUGGUGACGGUAGGAAAGGAUGACGGCAAUUCCCCAUGUUUGUUCGCUCCUAUUCGCAUAGAGACGGGAGACAAAGCCCCG